UUUUUCUCUGCAGGACUACAGGGCGGGCUUCAACUUAUCAGCCGAAAGUACAAGUCAUUCUGAAAAAGCUUGGCUGCAAGUAUAGGUCACAACACAGGACAGUAAUGCACUUUAAAUAAUAUUAACAAGAAAUAUUGAGGCCAUGGAUUUACAACCUUUAAAGAGUGACAGUGAUAUAACUCAGCUGUGGCUGGAGAAGAUGCUGUCCAUCAAGAUGGAAUGCAGCAUCAAAGUGGCUUUCUGGUCCUCUACUGUGCCACAAGAACGAGAAGGUUUCCUGAGUGAAAUAUCUUUUGUUAAGGUCCAAUACAUAUCCCCAGCAAAUGAUGAGGAGCAGGAGUGCAAGUUGGUCUUCAAGUUCUUGCCACAAGAUCCCAAGCUAGUCCAGUUCCUAGCCAACGGUGGACUGGCCAAGCGGGAAGUUGAAUUCUAUCAGUUUGUUAGCAGCCCAGACUUUAAGGCAAUCUGUGCAAGGAGUGGCAUUGUCCCACCUGUGCCAGAAGUCUUCUUUGCUAGUCUUUCAGACUCUGCCAUCACCAUUGUUCUUCGUGAUCUCAGCGUGGAUCAAUAUAAAAGUGUGCUGAUCAGAGAUGGCAGCACACUGGCUCAAACCAAGACAGCACUCAGGGCAGUGGCAUUAAUUCAUGGUGCUGGCAUCCUCUACCAACAGCAGCACCAGGAAGGGGGAUGCCCAUCACCCUUGGCAAAAGAGUUUAGCACAGAUUUUUAUGAACAGUUCUUUGUGCCUAAUAUGAACACUAUGGCAGAGAUGCACACAGGUACGUCCCUUGCUGAGGUGUUCAAGGCACUCACUCCCCUAACAAGACACAUUCGCUCUACUUCGAAGAGGCACCCACUACUCAAGACUGUGGUGCAUGGAGAUCUGUGGGCUGGGCAGCUCCUGUACUCUGCAGAUGAGAGUUUGGUCAACAUUAUUGAUUGGCAGUUCUGUCACCUGGACAAUCCUGUUGGUGAUAUCAUGUCCAUGUUCUUCAUGAGCACUGACCCUCAUGUGCUGGAGGAACACCUGGAAGACAUCAUGCAAGACUACUGGGCUGCCCUCUGCAAGGUGGUGGAGGCUGGUGGGGGGGAAGUGGGAGUCACCUUGGAGCAACUGAUGGCCAACAUGGAAGAAAUGUGGAUGUAUGGUUUUAUGUUCCUGGUAGUCAGCAUCCAUGACUUUCUUGGAAGUAACAAUAUAUCAAAGAAGAGGUUACUCGGAGCCUUCACCUUUCUUGAGAAGAGAGGAGUGUUUGCAAAGUUUCUGGCAGAAUUUAAAAAUGAAGGAGCUGAAGAUCUGUGAAAUCUAUAAUUGUAAAUAUAUUGUCACUAAUAAAACACCUGACAUGGCAACACAAUCCAUAUUAUUAUGGUGGUUGUAGUUUUUGCUCAAAUUGAGUUCUGUUCAGAUCCCAAUAAACUUUUAUGUAACAUUUUAAUAUCACAGAGAACUUUCAGACCAGUCAGCUGCUAGAAAAAGGACAACUACCAUAUACUAGGAAUACUGUAGCCAUUGUGCAUCAUAUCAAAAAGUAUGUGGCCUCUUGUGAAAACUGAUGAUAUAAGAAAGUCGUAUACUUUCAGACCAUGAGUGUUACUUUACACCAGUAUUAGUCAUGACUGAUAAUAACUACUGUUUUAGCUCUAGAUGUUAAGAUCUGACAAGAUAUUUUCAUAUUAAAUGUUAGAUAAAUGUAUACUGCAUGUAAUAUCAACACUUACGGAAAAAAAAAUAAAUAAAAAAGCUCCAAUAUUAUUCAAUUGGUGAUGGUGGUGGUACAGGAAGCAACACAUUCCAUCAACAUCAUUAUCACUGUCAGCAUCAUCAGCAUGCUUCUAGUGCUCAGAGUGUUAUGGUAAGGCAGGAUCUGGACUUGGAGGAAAUUAUAGUUGGAAAAGACAUUCAUGUAAAUAUGCCAAUGAACCAGUUAUGCUCACAACCUUAGGAGAAAAAAAUGCCAACCAAACCAAAAUGCACACUUCACUAACCUUUUCAUUGAGAAAUUAAGAACCUCAUUCUCACUCAUCUUAAUGCCAUUGGCUACAUCAAGUCAAACAAAAAAUCUGACUUCUUUCUUUUACCAUUCUCCAAGUGUUGGAGGUUAGCACCAUGUUUUAAUUACUCUUAUGCAUGCAUUGCAUCUUGUGUCAUUCCUAUUUCUUGCAACUUUGCCUUUAGUCUUUAGUGCCUUUAGUGACAUAGUGAGUGACCUCACUAUGUCACUCUUUAUCUUUUCCCUUCAACAUAUUCCUUCAGACAAUUUAAUGAACACACAAAACUAUAAUAAUGCAUUACCACUUAACCAAGCUUUUUUUAGUAAUCUCUUCCAGUCAAGAACUGCUUAAUUAUUUGUGUUAGCAAAUUGAUUGAAAAAUAUACUGCAAACCAAUUAAUAUACAGGUAUUUACACUGAUGUAUCUUUACAACUUUCAUUGCUUGGUACAUUACAUAAUUUGCUUAUAAUAAAGAAAAUGUGUUGUUUUCAAGUCUUUGCACUAUGCAAGAUCAAUUUGUAUUAAGUAUGUUGACACAAAAAUAAGUAUAUAUGUGUUGUGUUGUAUUAAGGUGAAUUGUAUAUUUAGUACAUUGCAUUACAUAGCUGUUAUAUAGAACAGGGUGGUCCAACUGCUUUGAAACUGUGGGCCAUUUUGUCACUAAACUUAUACUUGAAAUUUCUUUUUAAUACAUUAUUAACCAAUAUAUUAAUAUGAGUGUUCAUGGGCCACAAAGAAUCAACUCACAGGCCACUCGUGACCCACAGGCCCACAGUUGGACCACACUAAUAUAGGACGUUACUAUCAAUUUAUGUGAGUAAAAUGUAUAUAUUUUUCCCAUGGACCAAUUUGUUACUGCAGAUUUGUAUCAGUAUUCAGAAGCAUAUCAUUGAAAAUGAUGAUUUCCUAUGAUACACAAUUUAUAUUAAAUACAUUAAUUUCAAUAAAUACAAGUCUAUGUGGCUGUGAAAACUAUUAACAUGUAUCUUUUUAUAGAUGUAAAUUCAGGCUUUGAAUACAAGUUAUGCAAUGUUAUUUUCUUCAGUUUUUUUAUGUGUCCAGUGAAGGCAAGUUUAUAAAUGCAGUUGUUGUGUUUGCAUGAAAUUAUAGUCAUUGUUACUACAUGAGUAAGAGUUGAUGAACCAUUCUUCUCACUGGACUAUGGGAGCUAAUAAAUUUUUUGAAGAUUUUUUUAUG